UUCAGUUCCUUUUCGAGUUUCGUGUGUUCCGUUCCUUAGAGUAACCGUUGUUUCUCUAAAAAAAAAAUCUCCGAUAUCUAUAACUAUGUUUAUUAAGGGUGUAUGUUUCUAUUUUAUAUAUAUCAUUUAUGGUGCUUCGGCAGAUUUAGGACAGGAUCACCAACAACACAUUUCACCUGCACAGCAAGACGUCCAAUUCGACAUAAAGUAUUACAAUCCUGAAGAAGUACUUGAGGAGCAUUACGGAUACGAAGUUGCUACGGAAGAAAUAUCGGAAGAGAUGCCAGCGUAUAUUCAGGAAGAACCCGCAAAAGCCGGCGCCUGUGAGAAGACCACCUCGCUCGUCACGGCCACACAAACGUCCGUGAUGACCAACACAAACGUUGCCCAACACACCGAGAUAAACGUUUCCUUCGCCACGUCAUCGUUGACGUCGACGUUCUUCCUCACGACGGAGGUGUUCGUGUCUGAAGAAGUAACGGUGACUGGUACCCCCUCGAUGGAAAUGACGACCGUCUACCUCACGGACACCAGUGUAUGGACGAAAGAAGAACACAUCACAGAAACUUUACCAGUCACAGUCGCCGCGCCGAAGACUGUCACAGAGGUAGCCGCCACGACGGAUGUUGUGACUGUGGUGUCAACACGACCAGAGUUCGAGACUUCGAUAUCGACUGUAGUGUCUUGGACGACCAGCACCACCACCGAGGUCGUCCCUUACGUGUCGACAAUGACGGUCACGAGCACAUACCAUGACAUCGUCCAGGUCGUGGAGACGGACACAACGGUGGUUGAAGUGUGGCAUACCGUGUGGCAGACAGCCAAGCAAACCAUGCUGCUGCAAGAGACACUUAUUGAACAGGAAACCGUUACAGUAACUGACUGUAAUAGGGACUUGAUGCGUGACAUGAUGGCUGUAUUUGGUUGAAUUAGAACCAUAAAAGGAGUUUUUUUUCUGUAAUUAUUUUUUUUAAUAAUGGAUGUAGUAAGUUUUA